AUAUAUAUCCAACGGUUUAUCUUGAUUGGAGGUACGGACGGACCGUAGAAAGUUGAAAUGAAAAGAGUUAAUUAAGUAAAGUCUCCUCCCAUCAGUUCAACUCAUCCAGAACCAGCCCAGUUUCUUGCAGCCAAUUCCUUUCCUUUGCGUUUUUGUUUGCCGCUCUGAUAAUCACUUGUUUUCUGUUGAGAUCAUGGCAUUAGCUGUGGUAGGCGGUGCGCUCCUUUCUGCUUUCAUUGACGUUCUUUUCGACAGGCUAGCCUCCCCUGAGGUUGUCAACUUUAUCCGAGGAAAGAAACCUGACAAGUUGCUUCAAAAGGUGAAAACCCAGCUCUUAGUUGUUAGAGUUGUGCUUGCGGAUGCCGAGAAUAGACAAAUCACAGACCCCAAUGUCAAAGAGUGGCUCGAUCUUAUCAGAGAUGUUGUCUAUGAGGUUGAUGACUUACUUGAUGAAGUUUCAACUAAAGCUUCUGCUCAAAAGGAGGUAAGCAAUGCAUUUUCUCGCCUUUUCAAAACGAAGAAGAUGGUUAGCAUUAGUAAGUUGGAAGACAUAGUUGAAAGAUUAGAUGACAUUUUAAAACAAAAAGAGAGUCUUGAUUUGAAGGAGAUUCCAGUGGAGAGCUACAGGCCAUGGAAAGCUCAGCCAACAUCUUUGGAAGAUGGAUAUGCUAUCUACGGUAGAGAUAAAGAUAAAGAGGCCAUAAUGAAAUUGGUGUUAGAGGAUAACACCAAUGGUGAAAACGUGUCUAUGAUCCCUAUUGUAGGCAUGGGUGGGGUUGGAAAAACCACUUUGGCAAGAUCUGUGUUCAACGAUGACAAAUUGAAGCAGCAGACCUUUGAUUUAAAGGCAUGGGUUUGUGUUUCUGAUAUAUUUGAUAUUGUGAAGGUCACAAGAAGCAUGAUAGAGGAAAUUACCCGAAAGGCUUGUAAAUUGAGUGAUCUAAAUGCUCUUCAACUUGAGUUGAUGGACAAACUGAAAGGUAAAAGAUUAUUGAUUGUCUUGGAUGAUGUUUGGAUCGAGGAUCGUGACAAUUGGAGGAGUCUUACAAAACCAUUUCUAAGCGGGAUUAGGGGCAGUAAAGUUUUGAUCACAACCCGCAAUGAAAAUGUAGCUGCUGCUGUGCCUUUUCAUAAUGUUGAAGUAUAUCAUCUAAGCAAAUUGUCAAAUGAAGAUUGUUGGUUGGUGUUUGCAAACCAUGCAUUUCCUCACUCUGAAGCCAGUGAGACUAGAGGAACUCUAGAAAACAUUGGAAAGGAAAUUGUUAAAAAGUGCAAUGGGUUGCCGUUAGCGGCACAGUCACUUGGAGGAAUGUUGAGAAGAAAGCGGACUAUUAGGGAUUGGAAUAAUGUACUUCAAAGUGACAUUUGGGAACUUCCUGGAGGUCAGUGUGAAAUUAUUCCAGCACUCAGAAUUAGUUAUAAUUAUCUCCCUCCACAUUUAAAACAGUGUUUUGUUUAUUGCUCACUGUACCCCAAAGAUUAUGAAUUUUUAAAAGAUGAACUGAUCCAGCUGUGGAUGGCAGAAGAUAUUGUAAAACCACCAAAAAACGGAAAAACUUUAGAAGAAGUUGGUCACGAGUAUUUUGAUGAUUUGGUUUCGAGAUCCUUUUUUCAAUGUACAAAUAAACAUUGGGGUGGUUUCUUUGUAAUGCAUGACCUCAUGCAUGAUCUAGCAGCAUUCCUUGGCAGGGAAUUCUAUUUUAGAGCAGAUGAACUUGGAAAAAAAACCAAAAUCAAUAGAAAAACUCGUCAUUUGUCAUUUACCAGAUUCAGUGAUCCAGUAUCGGAUAUUGAAGUUUUUGACACAGUAAAAUUUCCAAGAACUUUCUUGCUAAUCAAUUUUAAAGAAUCCCCAUUCAACAACGAAACAGCACCGCGUAUUAUAGUGUCAAGGCUUAAGUACUUGAGAGUUUUAUCGCUUUGCAACUUCCAAAGUCAACUUGCUCUGCCUGAUUCAGUUGGUGAGUUGAUACAUUUGCGUUAUCUAAAUCUCUCUAGUACAAAUAUAGAAACUCUGCCCGAGUCACUGUGUAAUUUGUGCAAUCUAGAAACUUUGAAGCUGUCUUUUUGUUCAGAGCUGACUAAGUUACCUAGUGCCAUGCAAAAUCUUGUAAACUUGCGUCAUCUUGAAAUUCAUGGUACUCCCAUAAAAGAGAUGCCUAAAAGAAUGGGAAAACUAAAUCAAUUACAGAAUUUGGAGUUUUAUAUUGUGGGCAAGCAUAUAGAGAAUAGCAUCAAAGAACUGGGAGGACUUUCAAAUCUUCGUGGUUCGUUUUCUAUUAAGGCACUGGAGAACGUUACCAAAGGCGAAGAAGCAUUAGAGGCCAGGAUAAUGGAUAAGAAUUAUAUUAUCCAUCUAUCCUUGGAAUGGUCUAUAGCUAACGACAGUAGCAUCGACUUCCAAAAUGAGUUAGAUGUACUCAGCAGGUUAGAACCUCACCAAGACCUGGAGUUGUUGUCAAUAAAUGGUUAUAAAGGAAGCAGAUUUCCGGAAUGGAUGGGGAGUUUUUCCUACCACUACAUGACAUUUAUAGGUUUAUAUAAUUGUAAGAACUGUUGUAUACUUCCUUCACUUGGGCAACUACCAUCCCUCAAGGACCUCAUUAUUUCAGACAUGAAUUCCGUGAAGACCAUCGACGCAGGUUUUUAUGGGAAGGUAGAUGGUUCAUCUGUGAUACCUUUUGCCUCCCUUGAAUCUCUACACAUUUUACGUAUGCCUUGUUUGGAGGUGUGGAAUGCUUUUGAUUCAGAAGCUUUUCCUGUGCUUAAGGAUCUUUAUAUUACAGACUGCCACAACCUAAAGGGAGAUUUGCCAAAACAUCAUCCUGCUCUGGAAACUCUCAGGAUUAGAAAUUGCCAGUAUCUUGUCUCUUCUGUCCCAAUGGCUCCCGCCCUUCGAACGUUAGAGAUACUUAACAGCAACAAAGUAGAGUUUCAUGAGUUUCCUCUUUUGGUCGAAAGUAUAAAUGUAGAAGGAGGUCCAGUGGUGGAGUCCAUUAUGGAGGCCUUCACUAUCAGGCAACCUACUUUCCUCGAUUCUUUAUUCUUACAGAAUUGUUCGUCAGCCAUAUCUUUUCCAGGUGAUCGUCUUCCAGCAUCGCUGAAAAGUCUUUGUAUCAGUGGUUUAACCAAAAUGAAAUUUCCGAUGCAACACAAACACGAAUUACUGGAUUCACUUUCAAUAAAUAAUAGUUGUGAUUCGCUCACGUCUCUUCCAUUGGCUAUCUUCCCAAAUCUCAUUAGUCUUCAAAUCCAAAACUGUGAAAAUAUGGAAUCACUUUUGGUCUCAGGGUCAGAGUUGUCGAAGAGUCUGAACUCUUUUGAGAUUCGUAACUGUCCCAACUUUGUAUCAUUCCCGGGAGAAGGAUUGUGUAUGCCCAAUUUGACUCGUUUCAGUGUUUAUAAAUGUGACAAGUUGAAGUCGUUGCCCGAUCAGAUGGGAACUUUUCUCCCAAAGAUAGAAUACCUUAAAAUAUCCAACUGUCAUCAAAUUGAUUCAUUCCCUGGAGGAGGUAUGCCACCUAACUUGAGAACAGUUUGUAUAAAAAAUUGUGUGAAACUACUGAGCAACCCAGCAUGGGUAUGCAUGGACAUGGUUACCUCUGUCGAUGUGUGGGGUCCAUGUGAUGGCAUCAAAUCCUUCCCAAAGGAGAGUUUGCUGCCUCCCUCCCUUGUAUAUCUGGAUCUAUAUGAUUUGUCUAGUCUGGAAACGUUGGAUUGCAAGGGCCUUCUCCAUCUCACAUCACUCCAAGAAUUAUACAUUCGAAGGUGUCAAAAGCUGGAGAACAUUGCGGGAGAAAAGUUGCCUUUCUCUCUAAUAAAAUUAAUCAUAGAUGAAUGUCCCUUGCUGAAACAACGUUGCCACAAAAAGGACCGUCAAAUUUGGCCUAAAAUUUGUCAUGUCCGUGGGAUAAAGAUUGACGGUAGAUGGAUUUAAUGAGAAGAUAAGCUGGAUUGGUUUGGAGAAACUGCACCUAUCCAUUGUAAUGCAGUGCCCUCUAGGAGGUAUCACUUUUGUGUUUGAUGGAUUUGGGUUGAAUGCGUCUGAAAGGAGUGAAUCCCAUCUCAUAACUAUUUGUCUGCACUCACUCCAAUGCACUGAAUGAGAAAGUACUGGAAGAAAGUUUAUCUUCCAUUCAAAGCUUUUGAUGCAAAAGAUCAGAGUAGAGGAGUGGUUUCAUCAGUGGUAAAUGGUUCCACUAGGUCCGCAGAGAUCAAAUAUGCAUAAGAGAAGCUUCAGAACAGAACCUAUGGAUUGAGUUCUGGCAAGUAAAUUCUAUGUUUAACACCAAUUCAGAUGACAUAUUUAUGGAAUUCAAAUAAAUUUUAGGAUGAAAUUCAAGCUCAGUUUAAUCA